CAGGCCGUCGCGCGCGCACCACCUGCAUCGCGCGCGCGCGCGCCCGGGCGGCCGCACGCGAUGCCGAGGGCGCCCUCGGCGCGCGCGCUGGCCCCCGCGGCCGUCUUGGCGGGCCUGGCGCGCUGGCGCGCGCUGCGGUGCCCCCUCGCUGCGCCGCACCGCGCCUUCGCCGCCCCGCCUGGCGCCCGCGGCAGACACCACGCGGCACCGCCGCGGCUCGCCGCCGGCGCACCCGGCGCGCUCCGCGCGGAGCCGCUGACGAGGAGAGCCGCGGCGCUGUGGCCGCUGCCCUUCGCGCCCGACGGGGCCCUGUCGCUGCUCGGGGGACUGGCGCAGUUCGCCGCGAAGGCCUACGGCCUCCUGGCGGUGCUGCUGUUCGUGCUGCAGCGCAAGCUGUUGUACAUCCCCUCGGCGGAGAAGGCCGACCCGUGCAGCACCGGGGGCGAGCUUGUGCGGUUCAAGGGGAGCGCGGGCGAGCAGCUUGCGGGGGUGUACUUCGCGCCCCCGGCGGACGAGGCGCCGGUGCUCGUGUUCUUCCACGGGAACGGCGACCAGCUGGGGUGGGGCCCCGCAUACCUGGGCCAGAGGCUGCGCCAGGAGUUCGGGGUGGGCUUCUUCGGCGUGGAGUACCCGGGGUACGGCCUGGCAGAGGGCUCGCCGACGGAGGCCUCCAUCGUCGCGUCGGGCGAGGAGAUGGUCCGCCACUUCUGCAAGAAGUUCGCCCUGGCGGACGGCAGGAUCGUCCUGGUGGGGCACUCCUUGGGCGCCGCUGCCGCCACGGAACUUGCGCGCCGAGGCCUCGGCAGCAGGCUGAUCUUGAUGUCGCCGUUUCUGUCCCUCAACGACAUGGCUUGCACGCUCUACCCCUUCCUCACGCCGCUCCUGCGGGCGGCGCCUUUCUUCUUGCUGGACAAGUGGGACAAUGCCGGCAAGCUGCCGUCGCUGGAGUGCCCGAUCUUGGUGAUCCACGGGACGCAGGACGAGAUUGUGCCCUUCGAGCAGGGGAAGGCGCUCGCGGCGCUCUCGCGGCGGGCGGCGUUCUGCCCCGCCGGGGGCUGCGGGCACAACGACCUGCUGGACUUCGGGCCCGCGCUGCGGGAGGCGUGCCUCUUCGCGCAGGGCGGGGCCCGGCGGUGAGGAGCGCAGGCGUGGGCGCGGGGGGCGGAGACGGCCCCGCCUGCGCGCCAUC